AUGGAUUCACCAGCACCUUCACACGAGCCAGACUCGGCACAAAACCCGAAAUUAAUAGAAGAACCAAAUGUCGAGCCUCUAUCCUCUUCAAGCUCCGACGAUCAGGAUGAUAUCGCAACCCCUCGUGCGUCAACUUACCAGCCCGUUACGGCUUUGGAUGCAGAUGCACUCAAUCGAAUAGCUCUGGAAGAAGAUUACUUUCCACCGCCAUUACCUCCACGUCCAAUACUGGACUCUGCAACCUCUAAUAUUCUCUCUUUACAGAAUAUACAUUCCGCGACUUCAAGCGGUUCCUCUACUCCGGGCCUCCAGGCCAAAGCUACAACUGCUAUCUCCCUCCCCGAGGGUGUUCAUGCUCACCAAACUGAUGGAGCUGGCUCCGGUACUGGUAGUGGAAUUGUUACAGGGGACAAUGACGUUGAGAGUAUGUUGGGUGAGAUACUCAGCGAGAGUGAAGGAAGGUUCUUAGGAAUGAGAAGUAAAGGUCAGGGAGGGAUUGGGUUUUCAGAUGGAAAUAUUGAGGAUGAAGGAUGGGAUGAGAGUAGUGACGAGGAGGGGUUGGAGGAAGAAGCAUUAAUUGCGAGGUGGAGAGCGCGGAAGAAACACUUUUUCAUCCUCUCCUCGGCCGGGAAACCGAUUUACAGCAGAUAUGGAGAUGAAACCGUCGUUUCCGGAUACAUGGGCGUCAUACAGGCUAUCAUAUCUUUCUUCCAAGAUGGAGACGACACUCUGAAAUGUUUUAGUGCUGGGAAACAUAGAUUUGCGGUAGUUGCUGAAGGACCGCUAUACCUGGUUGCAAUCUCUUCAAUGGGGGAGUCAGAUUCACAGCUGCGAGCUCAACUCGACGCUCUGUAUACCCAAGUCCUUUCUACACUCACUCUGAGUCAGCUGUCGAAAAUAUUUGCCACCCGUGAAAACUUUGACCUUAGACGCCUCCUUGGGGGUACUGAGGUUUUCCUUGACGGCCUCUCUGAUGCUAUGACUAGGGGAUCUCCUCAAAUCCUUCUCUCCGCCCUGGAAUGCGUCAAGAUGCGCAAACAUCAUCGCGAGAAAAUCAAUAAUAUCCUCCUCAAGUCUCGAUCAUCUUCACUACUUUAUGGGUUGGUGAUUGCGGACGAGCGUCUUGUAAGUGUAAUAAGACCAAAGCGACAUAGUCUUCAUCCCCCGGAUCUUCAACUACUUUUCUCGAUGCUUUUCAACGCGAGCACUUUUAGAGAUGGAGGGGAACACUGGACUCCUAUUUGUCUGCCGAAGUUUAACAGUAAAGGAUUUUUGCAUGCGUAUAUUUGCUUCUUUAGGAAAGAAAUUGCCCUGGUAUUGAUAUCUGCAGAUAAGGAUGCAUUCUUUGAAAUGAGGGAGGUCAAGGAGGUUGUUGUUGAGCAACUGGAGAAAACUGGGUGUGUAGAAAUUGUGGAAGAGGCUGUCUCACGCGGGCGUUAUACAACAACCGACGUGCUUCCCGGUACCGUUAUAAGACACUUCUUGUACAAAUCUCGUGCCAAUGUCCAGUUCACUAUGCCUUCAUUCGAGCCACAUUUCUAUACCGUUAUCACCCGAAGAAGGUUGAUGAACCUGUACCAACGACUUCACUCUGCCGUCCAUGCAAAGAACGCGCAUCUGAAGGUCCAUCACUGCAUCCGCAGCUCUUCUGUGUCUUUAUCUUGGAUUACGCCUACCUUUGAGCUUUAUUGCGUGGCCGGCGCCGGAGCAAAUAGGAAUGCGCUUGCCAAAGGAGCGACGGCAAUUGUUAACUGGGUCAAAAGAGAGGAGGAGAGAUUAUUUGUCAUUGGGGGAGCGAUGUUUUAA